AUGCCUCCAUCUGGAGAUAUUUACCCACUCCCGCCUGACGUGGUUGCAAAAAUCAAAUCAUCCACUUCAAUUACCCACUUGAAUGGCGUGGUCAUCGAGCUGGUGAAGAAUGCAUUGGAUGCCAACGCUCGCACGGUGCUCAUCUCCGUCGAUUUCAAACGUGGAAGCUGUAUAGUCGAAGAUGAUGGCGAUGGGAUUCCACGGGCUGAAUUUGAGGUCGAUGGCGGACUUGGAAAAGCCCACCAUACCUCGAAAUUCCAAAGCACAAGUGCAUACGGUCAUAAAGGUCUGUUUUUGGCUUCACUGGCAUCGUUGUCAUUGGUGACUGUUACGUCUCGUCACUUGCAAGAUGCAACAACUAGUUCAGUCAUUUUCCACCACUCGAAACCUGUCGCACGAUUGAUUCCCGCGCCAGCACACCAGAAUAUCCGGGUUGGCGACCACGGAACAUGUGUCACGGUCAAUGAUUUGUUUGGCAACAUGCCGGUACGGGUAAAGAGCAGGGCGCUAGCUCUUCAAAGGUCAGAUGAGCUGGAGCGAGAGUGGGAUUCUCUCAGAUAUUCACUGGUUUCUCUCCUGUUAUGCAGCUCUCAGCUCUCAAAGCUGACCUUUACCGAUGUUGAAAGAGGCAAGCGAUUUUCUAUACGCCCGAAGAACAACAAUUCCGUGAGAAAUGAGCUGGAUUUGGAAAGAAUUGGCUCAAUUCUUGUACAAUCCGGCAUGAUCGCCUCUCGAAGUAUGGAUGCAUGGCAUAUUCUCUCUGCCACAGUCCCCGACCUCAGUAUCUGUGCUGCCAUCUCAACGAUGCCUAGCCCCUCCAAAAAGCUUCAGUUCAUCUCAUUGGGAAAAGAGCCUGUUCUGCCGCGCAAUGGUUCCAAUUUAUUGUUCAACGAAGUCAACAGGCUGAUAUCGCUUUCGGACUUUGGAAACACACUAUCUCGCGAUACCUCUGCAUCUGUGCUUUCCCCCGUGCCCGGUCGCUCAGAGACCAGUAUGACUAGCAGAAGUUGGCCCAAGCCCGUAAACAAAUGGCCGAUGUUUUAUGUCAGGAUUGAGACCAGUUCGGCUCAGUCGCUCUGUGACGAUACUGAAGAUGUCUCUCCAGACUCUGAAAAACCCCUCCAGCGAAUUCUAGACGUUCUUGGCGUGAUGAUCGUGGAGUUUCUCAAACAGCAGAAGCUACGCCCUCGUGUCUCAAAGCGACAGACUCGGUCGUCUGAGCGGGAUGAACAGUCCAAGGUUUAUACUGGUCAGAGAAAUGCGGAAACAGUAGUCAGUUUCAAGAAAGGAGCCGAUGGAUUGAGUGCUGGCGAGACUUUCGGCAGUAGAGUCAGGUUGCCAGCUUUCCAACGAUCUCAGACUGUCAGUUCAAGUCCGCAUUUCGAUGGCUGGUCUCGAGUCAAAUCCGCCAAAGACCUGACAAAUCAGACAUCUGAGCCUCAGGACAGAGGAAACGCUACGAAUAGUCAGGAUUUACGUGAGAAUAUGCAAUCACGCUUCCUACCGGAACGGCCUCGAGGCGGCACAAGACAGCAUGAGGAAAAUACAUCCGAGGCGCCUACGAACGACCAUAUACCAUGGACAGAUCCGCAAACGGGGAAACGCCAUAUGAUCAAUGGUCGAACAGGUCAGACACUUGAUCCUCAAGACUCAAGCUUUGGGCCCAGGAUGAGGUCUGGCAGUCGCUUCGCUGCUCCCCACACAGAGUCUCAUCCCGAAACAUCACGACCAGAUUCCACCCCGGCUACAAAUUCAUGGGUGAACAACUUGCUGAAUGCAUGGGAAAAUCCUACUUUCCGCCGAACAGAGCUUCCAAUUUCGAAUCUUGAAAUCGGCACGGACUACCUGAACGCUGCUGGUUCUUCACACAACUGUCUUCACAGCAUCGAUUCUCUAGAUGCUACUCAUGUUGCUAGAUUCAGAGGAAAACUCCAUCGAAAUUCCCUUGCAGAGGCGACCAUCAUCGCCCAGGUAGACCAGAAAUUCAUUCUCACGAAGAUUGAAAUCGGUGCUUCCGAGGCCGGCUAUCGUGACUCGGAGAAUGUUUUGGUUUUGGUCGAUCAACACGCAGCAGACGAGCGAUGUCGAGUCGAACAGCUGUUUGAGGAAAUGUUUCUCCCGAUGGAAGAAUCGGGUGAAUUCAAUGCAGUUCGUACGACUGAAGUCGACUCAAUAACCUUCAGUGUUGGGAUGUCGGAGCAGGCACUAUUCAGGAAAUAUCUCGGGUUCUUCGGAAAAUGGGGUGUUCAGUACGCUGUCGAAACAACAGCCUUAGGAGGAACCAUCUCCGUAACAACACUCCCUUUGCUUAUUGCCGAACGCUGUCGCCUUGAACAUAACGUGGUUAUCGACUUGCUCCGUCGGGAAAUUUGGACUAGCGAAGAGGAUGACAGAGGCCCGCACAACCCAUCCAAUAAAUCCUUGAGGACGAAAUACCAUGGUCAUGGCUCUUUCCCCUUCGAGGACGCCGAAGACGCCAUUUCCGAGAACACCUCAUCACAUCAGUGGGUGCAGAAAAUGAGCGGCUGCCCUCAAGGCAUAAUCGAUCUUCUCAAUUCUCGCGCCUGCCGCGGUGCCAUCAUGUUCAACGACCCACUGAGUAUCGAUGAGUGCAACACUUUACUCUCUCGGCUAUCUCGGUGCGCAUUUCCGUUUCAGUGUGCUCAUGGGCGGCCGUCGAUGGUUCCCAUUCUCGACUUGCGGCCGGAAGCUGAAACCCGUGCACCUGUCUCUGAUGCUAGGAUUAUGGCGCACGAGCACGAGCAUGAUGAAUUGGGCUUUUUACAGGCUUUCAAGCAAAGAUACGGAAGUUGA